AUGGAGUCUGUGGUACAGCGCUCACUUCAUCCCACCAUCACUCGGAAUGAGACGCGCGAGUAUCAACUGUACUGCUCGCAAUUUGCCCAGGUCCAAUUCCGGCAGACAGAGCGGGCUGGCGAGGCGGAUAUGCAUGUAUAUGAGAGUAUGGCUGCUCUCGCCCAAGGCGAUCUUUCGCGUGUCGGUCACGCUCGUCUGCGUGUCGACUCGACCAUGGCUGGUGGGACGGACGCCGCCAACCCCUCCACUUCCAGUCGUAUGCGCGUGCAGCGGCUUCGUAGUUGUGUUAUACCGUUCGCCAUGAAUGCUAUAUUGUCGCAGUUCGCACAGAACGACCUUCGCGCUGCAAAACUUCAUGAUGAAGAGGAUGGCGUACUAAACACACAGUUUGCGUUGCCUGGUAGCGAUCCAUCACGCUUCCUUGCGCAGUACACUGAUGUGGAUUCGACACACAAAGACGCUCGCAUCAAGCUGCACCACGGUACUACUACGCUCGCUUUCCGCUACCGCGGCGGUGUGGUGGUUGCAGUGGAUUCUCGUGCAUCAGCCGGAUCCUACAUUGCCUCCGGCUCGGUCAAAAAAGUGAUUGAGAUCAACCCGUACCUGCUCGGCACGAUGGCCGGUGGUGCGGCGGAUUGCCAGUACUGGGAGACAUACCUGGGCAUUCAAUGCCGUCUGCAUGAGUUGCGGAAUAAGGAGCGCAUCUCUGUUGCCGCUGCUUCUAAGAUUCUAAGCAAUCUUGUGUACUCUUAUAAGGGCAUGGGUCUGAGUAUGGGCACCAUGAUCUGUGGAUGGGACAAGACCGGACCUGCCAUUUUCUACGUGGACUCGGACGGCUCGCGUCUCAAGGGCGAUCUGUUUUCAGUCGGAUCCGGCUCGACGUUUGCAUAUGGCGUGCUAGACCAAGGCUACCAUUGGGACUUGUCGUACGAAGAGGCGUUAGAUCUCGGCCGUCGCAGUAUUUAUGCAGCGACGCAUCGCGAUGCAUACUCAGGCAAUACCAUCAACUUGUACCACAUGGGUCCGGAGGGCUGGACAUUUAUCGCGAACUAUGAUGCGAUGCAAUUGCACUACGAUGGUGUGAAGGAUGUGGUUCCCAACGUUCCGGCAGGUGGCUACGGCUACGAUGACUAUGUGCUCAUAACUUCAGGUGUUGGCCUCGUUGGCUCAGCUGUCUUGCACCAGCUCUCUACAGUGCCUAAGCUUGCCUCGCUCCGUGUGAUUGCCUUGCAAAACAGCAAGAAGACGUUGCUGGCUCAGCCCGGAUCGACGCUUUCGCUCGAGAACUGGAAGAACCAGUUGAGCUCUAGCACUACGUCAGCGCUCUCGCUCGACGAGCUCGUGAAAUCGCUUCAGGCUAUCCAAGCGCAGAACCAACGCCAUAUUGCGGUGGUGGACAACACGUCCAAUGACCAUGUUGCGAGCUUCUACCCGUCGUUCCUUGAGGCCGGUUUCAGCGUUGUGACGCCGAACAAGAAGGCGUUCUCUGGCCCUCUGGACCUGUUUAAGGCGAUUCAAAAGAACAAGGACGAGGUGAAGGGUGGUCUUGUGUACCAAGAAAGCACGGUGGGCGCCGGCUUGCCGAUCAUUAGCACUCUCAACGAUCUUAUUGCGACGGGCGACCGUAUUAAAAAGAUUGAGGGCGUGCUUAGCGGUACGAUGAGCUACAUUUUCAACGAGUUUAGCCCUGCGAAUGGCAGCUCCGAGCGCUUCUCAAAGAUUGUUACGGUGGCGCGUGAGAAUGGCUACACGGAGCCGAACCCAGGCGAUGAUCUCUCCGGUUCUGAUGUCGCGCGUAAGCUUACUAUUCUUUCGCGGCUGAUCCCGGAUAUGACAGAUUUGCUUCCGGAGGGCUUUGCCUCGGUGGACACACAGUCGCUCACGCCUUCAGGUCUGCGUGACGAGACAGAUGCGGAGGCAUAUGUCAAGCGCCUGCCUGAGUUUGACUACGAGUUUGACCAGCUGCGUGCUACGGCCCAGGACAACAACAAUGUUCUGCGCUACGUGGGUGUAAUUGAUGUGGAGAAGAAGGUCAUCCAGGCAAGUCUGCAGCCGUACCCUGCCGACCACCCCUUUGCUACGGCUCUAGGCGGUUCGGACAACAUUAUUUCGUUCACCACCGAGCGCUACCCGCGCCCUCUGCUUGUGCAGGGCGCUGGUGCCGGUGCUGACGUGACGGCUAUGGGCGUUGUGGCCGACUUGGUGCGUGUGGCGGAGCGCCGUGGCUAA